AAAUGACAUUGAUCGAUUGAUUGAUUGAUUGAUUGAUUUUCAUUUUGUAUUCGACAAAAAUAAAUCAUCAUUAUUCAAACAUUUAUUCAUCACUUGUCUCUUUUCAACAUAUUUGUCAUUCCACCAAAACGAGAAAGGGUAACAAGAUUCAAUACGACGACCAACAACAAAAAAUAAUUUUCAACUAGUCAUGGCAUUAAAAUGUUUAGUCAAAUUCAUAUUCCGAAUGAUUGUAAUGUUAACAAUGUUUAUUGCAUUUAUUAUGUUAACACCAGAAUCAAUAAUGUUUGAUAUUAAUACUGAAGCUGUUAAUAUACCAUUACCGGCAACACUUGAUGAUUAUAAAUCAACAUUAAAAAUGAAAUAUUCAUCAAUUGUAGCUGAAAUACCUGGUCCAGAAUCAAUUGGUUAUAAAAAUGGAAAAAUGAUAACCGGUGCAUUGGAUGGUUAUCUUUAUGAAUUUGAUCUAAAUAAUCCUGCAAAUGUUAAACGUCUGUUUCGUUUAGUUACUGAUAAACAAUUAGCUGCAAGUAAUUAUACACGUAUUUCAAGACCAUUAGGAAUGAAAUUUGAUUCUAAAGGUGAUCUAUGGAUAGUGGAACCUUAUUUUGGUAUUUAUCGUGUUAAAAAUGUAUUUACAUCAUCACCCAUCAUUGAUCUUGUAUUCGAUAUUGAUCAAACUGGUCAAAUUGGUGCUACAAGUAUUUUUUUCGAUGAUAUUGCCCUGUAUGAAAAAUCUACUGGUGGCCAUAUUCUUUACAUAACCGAUGUAAGUUCAAAAUAUACGCUUGAAAAUUUUGUUUUGAUUUUAGCUGAACCAGAUAGAACGGGAAGAAUAUUACGUUAUGAUACUGAUACCGGUAAAUUGGAUGUACUUGAAGAUGGUCUUAUAUUUCCAAAUGGUAUUGAAAGUUUACCCGGUAAUAAGAAUGGUUUUAUUUUUUCCGAUAUUGGAAAUCGUUCUAUUCGUAAAUGUACAUUUGAUAAUAAUAAUGGAAAACCUAAAAUGAUUAAUAUUAUUAGUCAUAUGGCAUCAGAAACGGAUAAUAUUCGUUUAAGUGCAAAUGGUCAAACAUUUUGGUUAGCAAUGUUAAGACCACGAUGCGAAACGAAUCCAGAUUUUUCAUUCGAUAUUAUGAUGAGAUAUCCAUCGAUUCGACGAUUCAUAAUAAGAUCACUUCAUUUGUUUGGUAAAAUAUUGGAAUUUAUUUAUCAAUUUAUACCUUUUGAAAGGCUCGAAUAUGCAGCUGAACUUUUGAAAACAUUCAAAAUACAUACUAUUGUUGAAAAACCAGGAUGUUUAAUGUUGGAAAUCGAUCAGAAUGGUAAAUUUCUUAAUAGUUUUAUUGAUGAUAAAUGUACGAAAAUGACUGAAGUACGUGAAAUUUCAUCACCAAAUUAUCCAAAUGAACGUAUAUUGUAUUUAGGUUCAUUUAUUAAUAAUGCAAUGCGAAAGAUUAUUCUUACUAAAUAAAUAAAUAAAAAAAA